AUGCCCUUCCUCACAUCUCUCCUUCCCAACAUCACCUACGUCGCUUCACUUUCUUGUUCUGCCCUGUCCACCAUGUUCAGAUCUUUCUCGCGCGCUCUGGACGCUCAGGCUGACAAUUUCGCCUACACCUCCGACUCUUUCGUCGACAUGCGCCGCGGCAUCUGGACUGACUGGUCAUUCCAGAGACUUUGGAUCCACCCUGCCAUCGAUCCCGCUGCACACGAUGCUACGUCCACCGUUUUCGAACUACCCAUUCACAUGAUCGCCAAGAUCGAGGUCAAGUGGGGUCUCUUGAACGGCGUGCGCACUGGAAACUCGAUCAAGGUUUUCUUCAAGAACGAAACCACUGGUCGUCUCAUUGACGGUCUUGUCGUCGAAAUCCCUUUCCCCGACUACGUCCACGGUUUCAGGGUCGAUUCUUUCUGUGAAAUUACCACCUUCCACAACAUCACCCGCUUUGCAACGCUCUCCACAAUUCACGACCAAGCCGUUGUCUAUGCAGUCGAGGGCAGUGAACCUGCCUCUACUGCCGACCCCCGCCUCGCCAACCAUGUGACUCGAAAACGAGGACAUGGCUCUGCCGAGGCCGAGGGCGUUGCUGUCAGCAAUGGCGACGACGAGUUCUUCGAUGCCAUUGUUGAGGCGGUCUCUAGCCAGAUCGAGCGUCUCGUCCCUCUCAGUGCCGCUCAGCAAGGCGUUGCCGCCGAGCAGCCAGUCAUCUCAGCUGCUGCCUCGCCUGUCAUCACCAGCGUCUCACCUCCUGCCUCGCCCGUCCAUGAUGUUACGGGUCAUGCCUCGCCUCUCAUCGCCGGCGCCUCACCUCCUACCUCGCCCGUCAUCAAGG